AUGGCGGCUACCGGUGCUAUGCUGGGUUCAACGAGCAGCUUUUCAACUCGUAUCUCUCUCCGAUGGGUCCCCGAGCCCCCAGCAGAGACGACCGAUACAAUUGUUCUCUCUGUGGGAGAGUAUUUCAUAGAUUUGCGGAUGGAUAAGGCAUCUGGCGCAAUUGACUGGGCUAUGGCUGGUACACGGAUUGUUGAGAAUCCGGGUGAAGUACCGCUUAAUGUGCGCUUCACCCGCGAACUGGACUCUCUUAAUGAAAUCGGCAUGGUCGACCCUGCCAACUUCAGUCCUCUGCCCAACGGCGAUGAUCUCGAAACUGGAGAGAUGCCCCGCACCGAUCUACCCGGCGCCCCCAUGACGGCCUUCGAGGAGGUUUGGCGGGAACUGCCCUUCAGAGAGGGCCCCGAGGGUGCCAAGAAAGGUCUCUCGUGGAUCCUCGAAUCGGAUGAUAGCAACGUCAACGUAUCCGAGAAUGGAGAAGAGGUCACCGUGACCAAGAUCUUUUUCGGUCGGAUUUGGGGCACAUAUCUAGCCUUCCAGCAGGUCCAGAUUCAUUCUCAAGAGAAGGAUGCGGAGGGUAGCUUGUCUCUGAAGAGGACCGGUGCUGAAGUUAGUGCGAGAAGGGAGGAAUGGAGUUCUGGGUGGGAGGAGAAGUAUGUUGUUGGUCCUGAUGGAGCUACUCUGCCCUCGAUGAAGAAUGGGUUUGAAGGAGAGGGCCAGGGUUCUUGGAGGGUUCCUGGGGAGAAGGUGGUUAUUCAAGGAAAGUCUUUUAUUGUUCGGGCCUUUGAGGAGAUUUAA